UUUACUCUUUUUUCACAACAACAAUGGCUGAGGAGGUGACACUGCUGGAUUUCUGGGCAAGCCCUUUUGGCAUGAGAGUGAGAAUAGCAUUGGCAGAGAAGGGAGUGAAGUAUGAGUACAGUGAACAGGACUUGAGGGACAAGAGUGCAUUGCUUCUUCAGAUGAACCCAGUGUACAAGAAGAUUCCAGUUCUCGUCCACAGAGGAAAACCAGUUUGUGAGUCCCUUAUUAUUGUUCAGUAUAUUGAUGAUGUGUGGAGGGACAAGGCUCCUUUGCUACCUUCUGAUCCUUACGAGAGAGCUCAGUCCAUGUUCUGGGCUGAUUUUAUUGAUAAAAAGAUACAUGAUCUUUCUAGGAAGAUAUGGACAACAAAAGGAGAAGAACUAGAGGCGGCAAAGAAGGGUUUCUUUGAAUGCCUUGAGUUAUUGGAGGGAGAACUAGGAGAGAAGCCUUAUUUUGGGGGUGAGACUCUGGGGUAUGUGGAUAUUGCCUUUCUUCCUUUCUGUUGCGGGUUUUCUACUUAUGAGACCAUCGGAAACUUCAGCAUAGAAGCUCAAUGCCCCAAGAUCAUUGCAUGGGCUAACAGGUGCCUGCAAAAAGAGAGUGUAGCCAAGCCUCUUGCAGAACCUGGAAAGGUCCACGAGUUGGUUUUGGAGAUAAGGAAGAGCCUUGGGUUUGAUUGAUGAGAAGGAUAUGGUCAAGGCAGUAAGAUGUUUUUUUAUUUUUAUUAGUAGUUCAUGUGGUUGAUCUCCAUGUUGGGGUUGUUUCUCUUACAAAUAAUAUUGAACUUUCUGUGCGUAAUUCUGUGGCACUUGGCUUUGCGAUGUGUGCUUUGAAGCUUUUCCUUGAAUCUGAACUAGCUGCCAUUUUCUUGGAUCUGUACUAGUUGGUAUUUAUAUUUGAUGUGCUAAUUUUUGCUCGGAAAAGAGAAGGAAUGAGAAUUUAUU